GUCACAAGUACAUGAAAGUCAAAAAAAUCAGCGAAGAGCAGAACAGAACACAGUAAUAAACCCAACAGCACUCGGUCGCUUCGCUUCGCCGACGAUCGCACGGGAAAAAGCCAUGUGGGCCCUAUGGACGUGGCUUCUCUCCUUCUUCUUCAUCUUAGCUCUUCUCUUGAUUCUCGGUUUUCAGCUUGUGUGCUUGGUCGACCUAGAGUAUGAUUAUAUCAACCCGUACGAUUCAGCAUCGAGGAUAAACAGGGUUGUAUUGCCGGAGUUUAUAACUCAAGCAGUUUUAUGCUUCGUUCUUCUUGUAACGGGACAUUGGGUUGCGUUUUUGUUGUCCCUUCCGUACCUAUAUUAUAACGUGAGACAGUACAUGCAGGGAAAGCACCUGGUAGAUGUUACUGAGAUCUAUAGCCAGCUGAACCAGGAGAAAAAUAAACGCUUCUUCAAGAUGGGCUAUCUUAUUAUCGUAUUCAUUAUCUCUCUUUUUUGGUUGCUUUUUACUCUCGGAGACGAAGAUGAUUAAUGAUCAGGCCCUCUUGCUAUUUUGAAGUAUGCUCACUGUGAACAGGAAAUCUCACGAUGCGAAUCAGAGUUGUGUAAAUUUAGGCCUUAUUUUGACGCCUAAUCUGUCAGAUUACAUUAAUCAGUUGACACCAUCAUAUUUUAUCAUCCACAUUUGUGUUUUGGAUUCCUCCAUUUGAUUCAUAACUUCAGUUUUCUUUUUCA